AUGGUGAGUGGCCACGACGGGAAAAGUGGCCACGACGGGAAAAGUGGCCACGACGGGAAAAGUGGCCACGACGGGAAAAGUGGCCACGACGGGAAAAGUGGCCACGACGGGAAAAGUGGCCACGACGGGAAAAGUGGCCACGACGGGAAAAGUGGCCACGACGGGAAAAGUGGCCACGACGGGAAAAGUGGCCACGACGGGAAAAGUGGCCACGACGGGAAAAGUGGCCACGACGGGAAAAGUGGCCACGACGGGAAAAGUGGCCACGACGGGAAAAGUGGCCACGACGGGAAAAGUGGCCACGACGGGAAAAGUGGCCACGACGGGAAAAGUGGCCACGACGGGAAAAGUGGCCACGACGGGAAAAGUGGCCACGACGGGAAAAGUGGCCACGACGGGAAAAGUGGCCACGACGGGAAAAGUGGCCACGACGGGAAAAGUGGCCACGACGGGAAAAGUGGCCACGACGGGAAAAGUGGCCACGACGGGAAAAGUGGCCACGACGGGAAAAGUGGCCACGACGGGAAAAGUGGCCACGACGGGAAAAGUGGCCACGACGGGAAAAGUGGCCACGACGGGAAAAGUGGCCACGACGGGAAAAGUGGCCACGACGGGAAAAGUGGCCACGACGGGAAAAGUGGCCACGACGGGAAAAGUGGCCACGACGGGAAAAGUGGCCACGACGGGAAAAGUGGCCACGACGGGAAAAGUGGCCACGACGGGAAAAGUGGCCACGACGGGAAAAGUGGCCACGACGGGAAAAGUGGCCACGACGGGAAAAGUGGCCACGACGGGAAAAGUGGCCACGACGGGAAAAGUGGCCACGACGGGAAAAGUGGCCACGACGGGAAAAGUGGCCACGACGGGAAAAGUGGCCACGACGGGAAAAGUGGCCACGACGGGAAAAGUGGCCACGACGGGAAAAGUGGCCACGACGGGAAAAGUGGCCACGACGGGAAAAGUGGCCACGACGGGAAAAGUGGCCACGACGGGAAAAGUGGCCACGACGGGAAAAGUGGCCACGACGGGAAAAGUGGCCACGACGGGAAAAGUGGCCACGACGGGAAAAGUGGCCACGACGGGAAAAGUGGCCACGACGGGAAAAGUGGCCACGACGGGAAAAGUGGCCACGACGGGAAAAGUGGCCACGACGGGAAAAGUGGCCACGACGGGAAAAGUGGCCACGACGGGAAAAGUGGCCACGACGGGAAAAGUGGCCACGACGGGAAAAGUGGCCACGACGGGAAAAGUGGCCACGACGGGAAAAGUGGCCACGACGGGAAAAGUGGCCACGACGGGAAAAGUGGCCACGACGGGAAAAGUGGCCACGACGGGAAAAGUGGCCACGACGGGAAAAGUGGCCACGACGGGAAAAGUGGCCACGACGGGAAAAGUGGCCACGACGGGAAAAGUGGCCACGACGGGAAAAGUGGCCACGACGGGAAAAGUGGCCACGACGGGAAAAGUGGCCACGACGGGAAAAGUGGCCACGACGGGAAAAGUGGCCACGACGGGAAAAGUGGCCACGACGGGAAAAGUGGCCACGACGGGAAAAGUGGCCACGACGGGAAAAGUGGCCACGACGGGAAAAGUGGCCACGACGGGAAAAGUGGCCACGACGGGAAAAGUGGCCACGACGGGAAAAGUGGCCACGACGGGAAAAGUGGCCACGACGGGAAAAGUGGCCACGACGGGAAAAGUGGCCACGACGGGAAAAGUGGCCACGACGGGAAAAGUGGCCACGACGGGAAAAGUGGCCACGACGGGAAAAGUGGCCACGACGGGAAAAGUGGCCACGACGGGAAAAGUGGCCACGACGGGAAAAGUGGCCACGACGGGAAAAGUGGCCACGACGGGAAAAGUGGCCACGACGGGAAAAGUGGCCACGACGGGAAAAGUGGCCACGACGGGAAAAGUGGCCACGACGGGAAAAGUGGCCACGACGGGAAAAGUGGCCACGACGGGAAAAGUGGCCACGACGGGAAAAGUGGCCACGACGGGAAAAGUGGCCACGACGGGAAAAGUGGCCACGACGGGAAAAGUGGCCACGACGGGAAAAGUGGCCACGACGGGAAAAGUGGCCACGACGGGAAAAGUGGCCACGACGGGAAAAGUGGCCACGACGGGAAAAGUGGCCACGACGGGAAAAGUGGCCACGACGGGAAAAGUGGCCACGACGGGAAAAGUGGCCACGACGGGAAAAGUGGCCACGACGGGAAAAGUGGCCACGACGGGAAAAGUGGCCACGACGGGAAAAGUGGCCACGACGGGAAAAGUGGCCACGACGGGAAAAGUGGCCACGACGGGAAAAGUGGCCACGACGGGAAAAGUGGCCACGACGGGAAAAGUGGCCACGACGGGAAAAGUGGCCACGACGGGAAAAGUGGCCACGACGGGAAAAGUGGCCACGACGGGAAAAGUGGCCACGACGGGAAAAGUGGCCACGACGGGAAAAGUGGCCACGACGGGAAAAGUGGCCACGACGGGAAAAGUGGCCACGACGGGAAAAGUGGCCACGACGGGAAAAGUGGCCACGACGGGAAAAGUGGCCACGACGGGAAAAGUGGCCACGACGGGAAAAGUGGCCACGACGGGAAAAGUGGCCACGACGGGAAAAGUGGCCACGACGGGAAAAGUGGCCACGACGGGAAAAGUGGCCACGACGGGAAAAGUGGCCACGACGGGAAAAGUGGCCACGACGGGAAAAGUGGCCACGACGGGAAAAGUGGCCACGACGGGAAAAGUGGCCACGACGGGAAAAGUGGCCACGACGGGAAAAGUGGCCACGACGGGAAAAGUGGCCACGACGGGAAAAGUGGCCACGACGGGAAAAGUGGCCACGACGGGAAAAGUGGCCACGACGGGAAAAGUGGCCACGACGGGAAAAGUGGCCACGACGGGAAAAGUGGCCACGACGGGAAAAGUGGCCACGACGGGAAAAGUGGCCACGACGGGAAAAGUGGCCACGACGGGAAAAGUGGCCACGACGGGAAAAGUGGCCACGACGGGAAAAGUGGCCACGACGGGAAAAGUGGCCACGACGGGAAAAGUGGCCACGACGGGAAAAGUGGCCACGACGGGAAAAGUGGCCACGACGGGAAAAGUGGCCACGACGGGAAAAGUGGCCACGACGGGAAAAGUGGCCACGACGGGAAAAGUGGCCACGACGGGAAAAGUGGCCACGACGGGAAAAGUGGCCACGACGGGAAAAGUGGCCACGACGGGAAAAGUGGCCACGACGGGAAAAGUGGCCACGACGGGAAAAGUGGCCACGACGGGAAAAGUGGCCACGACGGGAAAAGUGGCCACGACGGGAAAAGUGGCCACGACGGGAAAAGUGGCCACGACGGGAAAAGUGGCCACGACGGGAAAAGUGGCCACGACGGGAAAAGUGGCCACGACGGGAAAAGUGGCCACGACGGGAAAAGUGGCCACGACGGGAAAAGUGGCCACGACGGGAAAAGUGGCCACGACGGGAAAAGUGGCCACGACGGGAAAAGUGGCCACGACGGGAAAAGUGGCCACGACGGGAAAAGUGGCCACGACGGGAAAAGUGGCCACGACGGGAAAAGUGGCCACGACGGGAAAAGUGGCCACGACGGGAAAAGUGGCCACGACGGGAAAAGUGGCCACGACGGGAAAAGUGGCCACGACGGGAAAAGUGGCCACGACGGGAAAAGUGGCCACGACGGGAAAAGUGGCCACGACGGGAAAAGUGGCCACGACGGGAAAAGUGGCCACGACGGGAAAAGUGGCCACGACGGGAAAAGUGGCCACGACGGGAAAAGUGGCCACGACGGGAAAAGUGGCCACGACGGGAAAAGUGGCCACGACGGGAAAAGUGGCCACGACGGGAAAAGUGGCCACGACGGGAAAAGUGGCCACGACGGGAAAAGUGGCCACGACGGGAAAAGUGGCCACGACGGGAAAAGUGGCCACGACGGGAAAAGUGGCCACGACGGGAAAAGUGGCCACGACGGGAAAAGUGGCCACGACGGGAAAAGUGGCCACGACGGGAAAAGUGGCCACGACGGGAAAAGUGGCCACGACGGGAAAAGUGGCCACGACGGGAAAAGUGGCCACGACGGGAAAAGUGGCCACGACGGGAAAAGUGGCCACGACGGGAAAAGUGGCCACGACGGGAAAAGUGGCCACGACGGGAAAAGUGGCCACGACGGGAAAAGUGGCCACGACGGGAAAAGUGGCCACGACGGGAAAAGUGGCCACGACGGGAAAAGUGGCCACGACGGGAAAAGUGGCCACGACGGGAAAAGUGGCCACGACGGGAAAAGUGGCCACGACGGGAAAAGUGGCCACGACGGGAAAAGUGGCCACGACGGGAAAAGUGGCCACGACGGGAAAAGUGGCCACGACGGGAAAAGUGGCCACGACGGGAAAAGUGGCCACGACGGGAAAAGGAUGAAAACUCACGAGUGCCUACGUGCAGCUACUAUCAUUUAG